UUCGGAUUCGGUAGAUGGUAAUUAUAUCCGUACGUAAUUUAUCUCUAUUCGCUCCGCUGCACCCCCACGACGGCCAAAUACGGGCCGUCUCGACGUGGGGUAGUGCGACGCGCCUCUCCACGGAGGCUGGAGGGAAAAGGAUGGGGCGCAGUAAGCACAGCGCUAUCCCCUAGCCUCACAGGGCUAGGCGGAGUUUAGUACAGCCACCGUCGGCCGCCCCCUGCACAAGCAAGGGGAUUUACUAUGUAAUCACGAACUAGCAGGUUACAUCGAGAAUCCAGACCGCACUUCUUUGUUCCUCCACCCCGCAACGCUAACCUCACUCUCGCUAACGAACGAGAACGAGCCAAGCAUGGAGCCUGUCGUUAACGACGGGUAUCAAAACACGACCAGAGAGUACUCGACGCUCCCGGAAGCCGUCCCCGGUGAAUUCCAGCCGAAGAGCUUCCCGCAGAUUGUUCCGAUCGAGAGAACAGGCGAGUCUAAAAUCCUGUAUUACAGCAAUGACGGACAAGACGGGCUUCAAGCCCAGGAUGGGCAGUUGAAAGGGCAGGAACAGCAGGGUGUAGGCAUCUCGCGGCCGUGGUGGAGGAGACGCCUGACCUGGAUAAUUGCCAUUGCGGUUGUCGUCGUCGUCGGGCUCGUCGUGGGACUGACCGCCGGACUGCUGACAACUCGGAAGAACGGUAAUGGGCCAUCACCAACUAAGUCUUCGGCACCAACGACGGCGGCAGACUCGGCGUUCGGCACGCCCACCGUGUUCUCUCCCGACGUCACGUCACAAGCCUCGACAUGCCGCGGAACCGUCUGCCCAUCCAUGCUCGCGGCAGCUCAGCUCAAAUCGGACUCGCCAUCCUUCUUCAUUUUCGGCCGCGGAUCCGACCAAACGAUCUGGUACCGUCGAGGGAACCGGGACGCGUGGGUCGCCGACUGGGAGAGCCUGGGCGGCGAGUUUGAGAGCCAGCCGGCCGCGGUUGCCGUGGGUAACAACCGAGUGGACGUGUUCGCCGUGUGGACGGACGGUUCCGUGAGAUCCAAGACAUUUGAGGGCGACAAGUGGACCAGCAGCUGGAAGAACCUCGAGGGGAGCUCCAUCAACCCCCCGGCAGUCUGCUCCUGGGGCCCCGACAAUAUCGAGGUGUUCGCAACCAGCGAGAGCGGCGGGCUGAUGCACCGGAGCUUCAACGGCACCGACUGGGACCCGGACCUCAGCGACGGCUGGCAGAGCUGGGGCGGGUUCACGAGCGCCGCGGCCUCGGCGGUGUGCCCCGGCGCCGACCGCGUCGACGUCGUCAGCUACGGCGGGCUCCAGGGCUCGCUGCACGACGUCGGCUGGAUCCACUACAUCAACGGCAGCUGGCGGGGGUGGGAGGGCAACAGCAAGCCCGGCAGCGACGUCGGCUACCGCGGCGACCCGACGCUCGUCGCCGUCGACGACGAGACUACGGCUGUCGUGGGCGUCGGUUCCGAUAAGCAGAUGUACUACACCGAGUGGUCGACGACGGCAAACUACAGCAAGACGCAGGCUCUGGGCGGUAGCUUCGAAUCAGCUCCUCAUGUGCUGACUGCGGCGGACGGGAGAAUAGAUGUCCUGGCCGUCGGGACGGACGACACGCUCAUGCACAAGGCCCGUGUGGGCGGGACCUGGGCCACCGAUUGGGAAGCGCUUGGUGGCUAUUUCAACAGCGUGCCCCUAGCCAUUCAGUCAGAGGAUGGCUGGAUAGCCGUCUUCGGCAUUGGCCCGGACAGACACAUGAUCCAUGGCAACUGGACGGUGACGGAUAAGUUUGUUUGGGGCGAAGGAAGGUGGUUUGAUGACUCGGGGAGCCUUUCGUUGAGCUGGUUUAGGGCUGGGCCGGCGAGGUAAUCAACACUUUUUGAGGCCGUGAGUAAUAUCGUGGGGGGAGGAUGAUGACAUAAUGAUGACGACACGUGUAGGCUGGAUGUCUUGAGCCCUUAGAUGCUUGAACGGCCACUGAUCUACCGUGCUGGGCGAUUAUGAUCCCUCAGAACUUAUCCGUGC